AUGCGAGGUCAUCACAAGUCCCGUGGCCAGGCUGUUCCUGCCAUCAGACCUGCACUGAGCUUCAGACAGAGGAUCGUCAAUGGGGAGAAUGCUGUGGUGGGCUCCUGGCCCUGGCAGGUGUCUUUGCAGGACAGCAAUGGCUUCCACUUUGGUGGAUCUCUCAUCAGUCAGUCCUGGCUGGUCACUGCUGCCCACUGCAAUCUCAGCCCUGGCCACCACUUUGGCCUGGGCAAAUCUGACCAAUCAUCCAGCACUGGGACAGUGCAGGUGCUGUCCAUCACCCGGGCCAUCACACACCCCAGCUGGAACCCUACUACUAUGAACGACGACCUGACACUGCUGAAGCUCGCCUCACCAGUCCGGUAUACAACACAUAUCUCCCCAGCUUGCCUGGCUUCCUCAAAUGAAGUGCUGUCUGCAGGCCUCACGUGUGUCACCACUGGCUGGCCCCUCUGGCCCAUAGGCAAUGUGACACUGGCAUGGGUGCAGCAGGUGGCUCUAUCCAUGGUCAUUGUGAAUCAGUGCCAGCGGUACUGGGGCUCAAGGAUCAUGGACUCCAUGAUCUGUGCAGGAGGCUCAGGUGCCUCCUCCUGCUAGGGUGACUCCGGAGACCCUCUUGUCUGCCAGAAGGGUAACACCUAGGUGCUUACUGGUGUUGUUUCCUGGGGCACCAGCAACUGCAAUGUGUGCGCACCAGCUGUAUACAUUCAGGUUAGCAAGUUCAGCACCUGGAUCAACCAGGUCACAGCCUAUAACUGAGCCCACCACAGGCCCUUGCCCCAUCUCAAUGAAGACCCCAGGCUCUGUCCAC